AUGGGACACCAGGUAUCAUCUGUUUAUGCGACACAUUUGAUAUCACAAGGUACUAUACUAUUAAACGAUGGUAACAGAAUGCCUAUGAUAUCUUUUGAUACUAUUGAAAAGAUAGACAAAGCAGAUCAGGUUGUGAAACCUGCAGUGAUAGAAGCCAUCGAAGCUGGUUAUAGACAAAUUGACACUGCACCUAUAUACGAAAACGAGGAGUAUAUUGGAGAAGCAAUCAUAGAUGUGAUCAAUCGCGGAAUUGUAAGGAGAGAGGAAUUAUGGAUUACUAGCAAGUUACAAACAGAUCUCGGUACAAGAGAGGGAGUACUAGAAUCGCUUCAAGCCGCUUUGAAAAGAUUCAAGUUAGAUUAUGUAGAUUUAUAUCUGAUACAAACACCAGAUAAUAUAAUGCAAUUUGUUGGAAAUUCCUUUGUUAACCCAACACAGACUGGCAUAAACCUCCAGACCACGCUUAAUCUUCCGGAGUAUGACAUAUUAGAUAUUUGGAAAGGAAUGGAAGAUGUCAAGAAGUUAAAUCUGACGCGAUCGAUAGGCGUGGCUAAUUUCAACAGUACGCAUAUAAAUAGAAUACUGGCCAAUUCAGAAACGAUACCUGCUGCAAACGAAAUUGAGGUUAACCCGAUGUACGCAAACUUAGAACUUGUAGCAUAUUGUCAAAGUCUAAACAUAACUGUGUUAUCUUAUGCACCUUUCGGAUUUAUGGUGCCCAGACCUUUUUCAUUGUACCCGGUGGAGACAAGUUUUCAGGAACCGAUAUUAGUACAACUAGCACUGAAAUAUGGAAAGAUUCCCAGUCAAAUCGUUCUUAGAUAUUUGAUUGAUCGUGGAACUGUACCCAUCCCGAGAUCGAAUAAUGGGACGCAUAUCCAUACGAAUAUAGAUGUAUUUGAUUUCCAACUCACACCAGACGAAAUUUAUUCGAUAAAUGAACUAAAUCGCAACGUUAAAGUUUAUAUAUUUGAAGGAGAAUCCUUUGAUGCAAUCCUUGCAUAUUACGGCUUUGAGAUGGAAAAAAUAAAUUAAAAAUACAAUAAUCUUAUGUAGUUCCAGGACAAUUUUGAUAAGUAAAUUUGGUGAAAAUAACACCCAUAUUGCAUAGAUUGAAGUAUGUUUUCCACGUCAUUUAAAUGUAAUAUUUUAUCAUAAAAAAUACACACUAUCCGUUUAUGAAUACCUAUUCCGUUUAUGAAUAAAAUUUUAAAAUCUAAAUUCAAAAAUAA